CGAUUGUUUUGCAGCUCUAGAAAGUGAAUCGAUUUUACCAUCUCUAGUUGGCGAUUUAUUAUUAUAUAUUAUCCAUUUCUGAAGGUGGUAUUACUCUAUAAACGUACGAGAUUACAAUCAAGUUAAUAGUUUGUAUUCCAGAAAUCACCAUGGCCAAUGCUCCUGCUACUGUAAGUGCAACUAAGCCAGUUUUACGUGGCCUACAUAAUGCUACCAUUAAGAAGAAUUUGACUGUUGCCAUUGCCUUAACUGCAGUGGUAACAGUCGCCUGGAGUUUUCUGAUCAACAGUCCUAAAAAGGAGGCCUAUGCUGAGUUUUACAAAAACUACGAUGCACAAAAGUCUUUUGAACGUAUGAAGGCAAAUGGCCGUUUCCAAGGCUGUUAGAUAACCUCAAUAUUACAAAUAAGCUGAGUAGUAAUUUGGGUGAAAAUAUAAUGAUUCACAAACUAGCACAA